UAUUGUAUUUAGAAUUGGAAUUAGAUGCUGAUUAACGCCUAAAUAUUAAUAAUCCAAAUGCUUGUUUCAUCAACUUUUAUUCUGCUACUACUAAAGCUUCUCUCUCCACAAUCAACGCAUUUUUCAUUCAGAUUCACGAUAUUUGGAACUAAAAAUCAAAGACGAGCGAUGACGGAAGUGUUCACCACCGCCGCUGGCGGAGGCCAGUACGUGAUCGGAAAAAAACGACAGAUUUUUCCGGUGACGAGACUUGGCGACGACGAGCCUAUUUCUCAGCGGCUAAUCGUCGCGGCCCAAGCCGACGAUCUGCGCCUAGCUUCCGAACUCGUUUCUCAUCCGUACGUCGACGUUAAUUUCAUCGGAACAGUUUCCCUGAAAUUCAGAAAAGCAGAGGUCGUUUUGAACGGAGAAUCGGCGAGCGAAGUUCGCGUCGAGUUCGAAGAGUUCAGGACUGACGUCACCGCUCUCUUCCUCGCCGCUCAUAACGGAAACCUUGCCCUCGUCAGAAAAUUACUGCAAGAUGGAGCGAAUGUGAACCAAAAACUAUUCCGAGGAUAUGCAACCACUGCAGCAGUUAGGGAGGGUCACCUCGAGGUGUUGGAUAUACUAUUGAACGGUGGAGCGGCUCAGGCGGCAUGCGAGGAGGCGUUGCUGGAGGCGUGUAGCGUGGGUAGGGCCAGAGCUGCUGAGCUGCUAAUGGCUUCGGACAUGAUCCGCCCUCACAUUGCUGUGCACGCCCUUGUCGUUGCUUCGAGCAGGGGAUUCGUGGAUUCUGUUGCAGCACUUGUUAAGAAUGGAGUUGAUGCUAAUGCAAAUACAAGGAUGUUGCUGCAGUCCUCCAAGCCUUCUCUCCAUGCCAAUGUAGGCUGCAAUGCUCUUGUUGCAGCUGUAAUUAGCAGACAAACAUCAGUUGUUCAGCUGCUGUUAAAUAUGGGAUGCAGAAGAGAUGCUAAGGUUAGGUUGGGAGCUUGGUUGUGGGACUUAGCCACUGGUGAAGAGUUCCGUGUCGGAGCUGGUUUGGCCGAGCCUUAUCACAUCACAUGGUGCGCAGUGGAGUAUUUCGAAGCUAGUGGUGCUAUCCUGCGCAUGCUCAUCCAGCAUUCCUCUCCCAACCUCCCCCAUCUUGGGAGGACGAUCCUCCACCACGCGAUCCUAUGUGGCAACGAGAGAGCUCUCGAGGUGCUCUUGAGCAGCGGCACUGCUGAUACAGAAUCCCCAAUCCAGACAUCUCAGGGUGCUUACACCAGGGGCAUACACUUGGCUGCACGUCUCGGGUUAGCCACAAUUCUCCGCCUCCUGAUCAAUGCCGGUUGUGAUGUCAACUCCAGAACGGGGAGUGGAGAGACUGCGUUGAUGAUCUGUGCACGACACAAGCAGGAGGAGUGCCUCAAGAUUUUGGCCUCAGCAGGGUCUGAUUUUGGCUUGUGUAGUGUUUCUGGUCAGUCUGCAAUGUCGAUUGCUGGACUAGCACGGUGGAGCCUCGUCUUCCAGCAGGCUGUUUUGGAGGUGAUUAGAGCUGGGACAAUAGCGCGAUCAAGCAAUCCUGUGGUGUUUUCCUCAUUGUUGUUUGUGGCUCGAGCAAAUGAUGCCGAUGCCAUGAUGAAACUGAUCCAGCAUCAAGAUUUGGACAUUGAUGAGACAGAUGAUGCUGGAUUCUCUGCAGUGAUGGUUGCUGCUGCAGGUGGUCACGUCGAGAUCUUUAGGCUGCUCGUGAACGCGGGAGCUGACGUGGAGCUGCAGAAUAACUACGGUGAGACAGCGGUCACCUUAGCAAAAGCCAGCCAGAAAAGAGAUGCAUUUGCAGAGAUACUAAUUUCUACAAAGGGUGAUAUGAGCAAGUCUGAUCUGCAUCGUGCUGCUCGCUUCGGAAACCAAGAUUUGGUUCAAGAGCUAGUGAAUAAAGGCUUUGAUGUGAAUCUUCUAGAUUGUGAUGGAUACACUCCAUUGAUGUUUGCAGCAAAAUCAGGCGAUGGAACUAUGUGUGAGCUUCUGAUCUCGUUGGGGGCGAAGUGCGGUCUCAAGAACGCAAGGCACGAGACCGCGCUAUCUCUAGCACGUGGGGACGAGGCCGAGAGGGUGAUACUAGACGAGCUUGCUCGCGAGCUAGUGACGAGAGGGGCUCGUGUGAAGAAGCAUACCAAGGCGGGGAAGGGGACCCCGCACACGAAGACGUUGAGGAUGGUGGAGGCCAGAGGGGUGUUGAGCUGGGGGAAGUCGAGCCGGAGGAAUGUGAUCUGUCGAGGGGCCGAAGUGGGCAUGAGCUCGACGUUCCGGUGGAACCGGCGGUGGAAGAGUGAUGGGGAUGAUCAAGGGCUGUUUAGGGUGGUGACUACGAAGAAUAAAGAAUUUCAUUUUUCUUGCUGUGGUGGAAGUGAAGAGGCGGAGCUGUGGGUGAGGGGAAUAAGGCUAGUUACUCGUGAAGCUAUUUUUGGGAGGAAACAAUAGAGAUAUAUAUAGCGUAUUUAGCUAACUAGUUUACUUUUGGGGGGUGGAGGGGGGGAUUGUAUUUUAAUUCUUGUAUACAGUUUAGACGUUUUAAAUAAAAUAAGAUUGGAGUAUAGUACUAGUAAAAUUUUAA